GGCGGGGCUCGGCGCGGCUCGGCGCGGCGCGGCGCGGCGUCCGUGAUGUCGCAGGCGCGCGCGCUGCCGCAGAGCAAGGAGACGCUGCUGCAGUCGUACAACAAGCGGCUCCGCGAUGACGUUAGGUCCAUCCUGGACAACUUCACCGAGAUCGUCAAGACGGCCAAGAUUGAAGACGAAACUCAAGUCUCUCGAGCAACCCAGGGUGAACAAGACAACUACGAGAUGCACGUCAGAGCUGCCAACAUUGUGCGAGCUGGUGAGUCUCUGAUGAAACUUGUGUCUGACCUGAAGCAGUUUUUGAUCCUCAAUGAUUUCCCCUCUGUGAAUGAAGCUAUCAACCAGCGCAACCAGCAGCUGAGAAGCUUGCAGGAGGAGUGUGACAAGAAGUUGAUUGCACUGCGGGAUGAGGUCUCCAUUGACCUGUAUGAACUAGAAGAAGAAUAUUACUCUUCCAGCUACAGUCUGUGUGACAGCAACGACCUCCCGCUGUGCGAAGCCUACUGGAGACAAGACUUUACCACGCUGUCUCCUGAAAGCCUCUCCAUGCCUCUGUCGGCGGCUGUAGCAGAGCAGAGCGCGGCCGCCGCGCAGAGCUCCGCCCCAGCGCCCCCCUCCGGCCACGGGCACGGCGCAGGCCCCGCCGAGCACUCCUGAGGAGCAUCCUCUGCCGCUGAGCGCUUUCCUCCAGCGCUCUGUGCUGCUGGAAGUCUUCCGCCUGCUGAAUUGAGGAGCGUCGCCCAUGGCCAGGAGAAGGCACUGGAGCUGUGUGUGCAGGUAGGUUUCUGCUCCCCGGACAGCCACAGUGCCUUCUCCACCGCAGGACAUUGCCAAGAGUGUUCUUCUCCUGUAAGAGAUUGUUCUAACAAGUUAGAGUCAGGUUUGCUUUUACAUGAUUAUGUUACAUGUUGUUACAUGUGGUGUUCAUUUGAUAUCCCAUUUGUUUCUGUGUGGAUCUCAGUAAGUUAAACACUGGAGCAUUGGGAGUUGAAUUUUUUGGGGAUAAACCUGAGCCAAACCAGGAGGCAGUGAAUGUUUGGAGUAUUGACCCUGUUUCACAAGGUUACAGACAUCCUGCUGCUUUAAAACUCUCAGGAUGGCAUCCAUCAGCCUCUGUUCUGCUGCACAGGACAGUAAGGACCUUGCAGUAUUUCUUACACAGCAGGCUUCAGUGUCCAACUUGCUCACAGCCAUUUGGGAAGAGGCUGUCAGGAGGCACUUACCGAGGACCAGUGUACUCCCUUUGAAGAGCAAAGGGCACAUAGGAAUGGGGCAGGUCCUGGUGAUGCCACCUGUAGAGGCCACUGGCAGGAGCAGUGGCAGGCUCUGGUUCCUUUCUCAGUGUUAACACAUAAAGUUUCUAUUAACACUGUGUGAGCUAGU